GCGGCCUUUUUUCCCGUCUCCCACAGCGAUGGUUUGAGUUCACGCGGAAUCUGCUCGUCCGCCGUACGCCGUGUGUGCGCCGAGUGAAUUCACGCCCGGGGACGACGUCGGUCUCCCCCUUUUUCAUCCCCUCCCGGUUUCCUUCGCGCGAGUCGAGUCCCCGGCCCCGACUGAUGAUACGAGACGGUAUUAGUCAUUCGACGGGACUGGCGAUAUGACGGCCGUCUAACAGGAGAGGUGACGGAGAGGUAGACAGAUAGAGAAAAGGGAUAAUCUUCUCACGGGAUAGCACGUCGAGAUGGACAGCAAGGGGAGGAAGAUCAUCGUAUGCGACAAUGGCACCGGGUUCGUCAAGUGCGGCUACGCCGGCGCCAAUUUCCCGGCCCACAUAUUCCCGUCUAUAGUCGGACGACCGAUUAUCCGAGCUAUCAACAAGAUCGGCGACAUCGACGUGAAGCAAGAAUAUUGCGUCCGUGACUUAAUGGUUGGCGAUGAAGCGAGCAAACUUCGUUCUAUGUUAGAGAUAAGUUACCCAAUGCAAAAUGGGAUAGUUAGAAACUGGGAAGACAUGUGUCACGUGUGGGACUACACGUUCGGCAAGGAGAAGAUGAAUAUUAAUCCUAAAGAAUGUAAAAUUCUGUUAACCGAACCACCGAUGAAUCCCAUCACGAAUAGAGAAAAGAUGAUAGAGGUGAUGUUUGAGAAGUACGGUUUCGCCGGCACGUACAUCGCGAUUCAGGCAGUGCUGACACUGUACGCUCAAGGAUUGAUCAGCGGCGUCGUCGUGGAUUCCGGCGACGGCGUUACGCACAUUUGCCCCGUGUUCGACGAGUACGCUCUGCCGCAUUUGACCAGACGGUUAGACAUAGCCGGGCGCGAUAUUACGAUGUAUCUAAUUAAAUUGCUGCUGCUGCGCGGCUACGCGUUCAAUCACUCGGCCGAUUUUGAGACGGUGCGUAUGUUGAAGGAGAAACUGUGUUACAUCGGCUACAACAUAGAAACGGAAGAGAAGUUGGCACUUGAAACCACUGUAUUGGUAGAGUCCUAUACCCUUCCCGAUGGGCGUGUGAUCAAAGUGGGCGGUGAGAGAUUUGCGGCACCGGAAGCGCUGUUUCAGCCUCAUUUGAUUAACGUCGAGGCGCAGGGAAUAGCCGAGCUGGUAUUUAGCACAAUUCAAGCGGCUGAUAUCGAUAUCAGAAGCGAGCUGUACAAGCACAUCGUUCUGAGCGGCGGUAGUACAAUGUAUCCGGGGCUUCCAUCGAGGCUUGAACGAGAAAUUAAGCAACUUUAUCUUCAAAGAGUAUUAAAGAAUGAUACCACUAAAUUGAAUAAAUUUAAGAUAAAAAUUGAAGACUCACCUCGGCGUAAGGACAUGGUUUUCAUGGGUGGUGCUGUAUUAGCGGAAAUAACGAAGGACCGAGAUUCCGUGUGGAUAACGCGGGAGGAAUACGAAGAGAAGGGUCUUAGUGUAUUAAAGAAAUUAGGCUCCUACGAAUCAUAAGGAAAGUCAUAGUAAUGUAGGCUAUACAAUUUUUAAUGGGCAAUCAAGUGUUUUUUAUACCUUAAAAAGGAAACGUCGUUCUUGAGAGUUAGACUUGCGCAGCAGUUUUAUGAUUUGUUAUAUAAUUGUAAAAGGGUACUUUAAAAGAAGUACUUUAAAAGACUUACUAGCUGUUUGAUACUAAACUCUAGUACACUAAUGUAUUCUUUGGUUAAACGUGAUGUAAUUUCAAAUAAGUCGACAAAAGGUAAAGGAUUUCGAAGAAGGAACAAUCGAGUAUCAUGGUUUCGGUAAAAUAUGAAAUGUGAACAUUAAAUAUUAAUUUAACAAAAUCGUGACUUCGUCAUGUUGCGAACAGUUAUAUUCGAUUGAGACAUUUUCGUUAAUCAGGUACGAAACGAUGUUGCAUUUAAUGUGUAUUUAUAGCUCUCAGGUAAAUGUUCAACAUAUCGAUUAAUUUUUAUCGUUACUUACGUGAUACCUGAUGAAGACUUCAUUCCUGUUUCCUUGUAUUUGUCAAACUCUUCUCUAAAAGAAAGUGUAAAUACAAUUGAAAUUGUAAAAACGAUUUCAUUCGAUGUGAACACUAUCUGCCUUUCCAUUACGGUAAUAUGUAAAAAAAAACCGCAUAAUCGGUGCGUGACUUUACAUUUGAAGUCCCUAUUUCGUAUGCAUACAUGUUAUGAAACACGAAUAUUAUACGUAAUAUAAGGGAAAAUAGCCACUAAUCUGUUGUUAAUUAAAAACUGUUUGAAAUUAAAUAGUUGGAUUUGUAUAUAUGGAAUGUUGAGAUAUUUACAACUUUUUCUUAUUAUAAGCAACAAUGCAUAGAACUGUAGAGCGAACACGGCGGUAAAAUCUUAAUUUUAUGAUUAUACGUACAUCGAAAAAUAUUUUACAAACAAUGAUUUCUAAUUUAGUUCUGAAUUUACCAUGCUUGUUUAUGGUGCUCAUUAUUAAUGUCACAAUCACAUGCGGGUCUGCGAUCUUUUCAUUUCAGUCAAUGUAUUACCAUUAAUUGUACUUUAUAUAUGUAUAGGUAUGUGUAUAGUUAUUAUUUCAUGCAACAUAUAAGAAGUUUUAAGAUAUGAUGCAUUUACACUUAGAUAUUCUUUCGUGAAGCGUAUUGUACAGAUAAAUAAUUUUUUUACACUUCUUUUCUAUUUCCACUAACAAGUCAUGUUAUUACUUUCCAUAGGAAGAAAUAGUUGCUCCUCUUUAAAGAAUCGUAAAGAUUCACAAAUCGGACAUUUAUUUUCCGGGAUUUAAUAUUUUAAAAAGUUAUACAGUUAAAUUUAAAUUAUCUGGUAAAAUACAUAGAUGAUUGUAGGAAAGAAUUUUAUACAGACAUAUGUACGUAUGUCUAUGAAGUAUAAUUUCUCCCACAAAUGUUUCAUUUAAUUGAUAGAAAUUAAUUUGUUUCACCAAGAGAUAUACACUGUACUUCUUCGUUCCUGUGCUCUUAUUGUACGAUGAAAGGUUUGACCGAAUGGCAUGAUGUGGAAAUGAUUGUUAUUUUAUAAUAAAUCUACAACAGUCUU